CACGCCAGCCAUUUUUGUCUGAGGCUGGGCUGGUAAGCUGUACCACGGCUAGACAGCUAGGUUCGUCUUUAGUGAAUGCUUGUUAAGUAAAGACCGAAACAGUUCAUAGCUUUCUUUACUUAAAGUUAGGUCAGUCCAAACGUAUUUGAAAUGUUGCAGUUUUCCUAUUCUUUCGUAAUCAUCUUACAUUUAAUGUUUGUUUGAAUGAUAACAUUAUUUUUCACCACGGGAUUUCCAGCUUUAUUACGGAGUUAUUGGAUGGUUACAUUUCGCUAGCUAACUGCAGCGACGGACGUAAUGGAACUUUCACAAUACUGGACGAAACAUGGAUAUAUUGUAUUUAAUUUAUUUAAUAAAAUAACGUACAGAUGCAGUUGUUUUGGAUUGCACCGUCCAAGUACUUUUUAUUCGUCAUAUGUUAUGGGGAGGUCCUCGUUAAGGUACCAAAACAAUCAUACUAACUUUAGCUGUCAUACAAGUACACGUGCAUGCUUCUCUGCAGGGCAACAUGACGUACGUGCCAAUUCUCCACUGCGCUCCUCAUUGUCUGCACUGAGUGCGGAACGCAAUUUCAUUCGGUAUCUUUCAACAACAUGCAAAUUAAUGUCAAAGAAAAACAGCUCCGAUGGUGUUGCAAGUAAUGAUGAUGCGGAUCCAGAAGACUGUGUAAUAGAAGAGAGAGAGGUAGACCAGCUGUUCCAGCAGCAGAUCCCCAAUGGUAUCGGUGAAGGGUACAACAGAGUGUUCAUCGUCCACCCGGACGUGAAGUGGGGCAGUAAGAAGCAAACCUUGACCACAGCUCAACUUCAAAUGGAUGAAGCUGUGGGAUUGGUGAACACCCUACAGAACUGGACUGUUGUCGACAAGAUCAUUCUCUCCACAAAAACACCUGAAAAGAAGAAGCUGUUUGGCAAGGGGAACUUUCAGAUGCUCACAGAGAGGAUCAAGGGAAAGUCGCAUAUCACUGCAGUGUUUGUGAAUGUCGAGCGCCUGUCUGCUCUGUCAGAGAGGGAACUGGAGGAAGCUUGGGGGGUGAAAGUGUUGGACAGGUACACUGUAGUCCUCCACAUCUUUCGCUGCAACGCUCGCACCAAAGAGGCCAAACUGCAGAUCUCUCUGGCUGAGAUUCCUCUGUUAAGGUCUCGUUUGAGAAAUGAGUUGGCACAUUUGGACCAGCAAGGUGGAGGAUCCAGGUAUAUAAUGGGUUCAGGUGAAACGAUGAUGGAGGUGCAGCAGAGGAUCCUCAGGGAGAGGGAACUGAAGAUCCGCUCCGCCCUGGAGAAGCUCUGCAGGAAGCGGCACCUGCUCCGCUCGCAGCGCAAACAGCGCCAGUUCCCCACCGUCUCCAUCGUGGGCUACACCAACUGCGGAAAGACCACCCUAAUCAAAGCACUGACGGGCGACGCCGGACUCGAGCCACGCGACCAGCUCUUCGCCACCCUGGACGUCACCGUCCACGCGGGCCAGCUGCCCUGUCGCAUGACCGUCCUGUACGUGGACACGAUCGGCUUCCUGUCCCAGCUCCCGCAUCAGCUGAUCGACUCCUUCUCCGCCACCCUGGAGGACGUGAGCCAUUCGGAUUUGAUCGUUCACGUGAGGGACGUCAGCCACCCGGAGACGGUGAACCAGAAGGCGAACGUGUUGAGCGUUCUGAAGAGCCUGCAGAUCCCCGAGCGUCUGCUCAGCUCAAUCUUGGAGGUCCACAACAAGAUCGAUCUCGUUCCUGGCUACCAGCCCUCCGAGGUGGACACCCUGUCUGUGUCAGCCCUGACGGGACAGGGUUUGGAGGACCUCAAGCAGAGAGUAGAAGCAGCCAUCUUGGAAUCCACAGGCAAACUCAUUUUGACCCUCAGGGUGCCACUGGACACUUCUCAGUUAAGCUGGCUGUAUAAAAAUGGCACCGUUCAGGAGGUGAGCAUAGAGGCAACAGAGGACGUGGCCUCCGUCAGGGUCAUCAUCAGCGCUGCGGCGUACGGACGCUACAGGAAGCUCUUCCAGGUCACCGCGUGACCCCUGUGCUGGUAUAAUGCAGCGGAGCAGUUGGGAUCGUCCCACCCAUAAGCACUGUGUUAUACACACUUAACGCUGCAUCUGCCCUCUCCUGAAGACCCGUAUUCAAAUACAGGACUGGCAGACAGCCAAAAAUCUUAGGCUGUGUCCUAAAAUGCUUCCUUGCGCACUCCCAGUUGCACAGGUGAGAGCGUACCGCCAAGUAUGCAAGUGUGCAACACAUGCAAAGUGGUUUGGAUUUGGUGCGUAUCCUCACCAUGCCACGACCUCUGACCUCUGACCUCAGGAGAGGUUACAUUGGCUCUACCGCAGUAGACUGGGGACUUGUAAGGUGCAUUUCUGCCUUUCACCCAGUGUCUGCUGGGAUAGGCUCCAGCCCCCCGUCAACCCUGAACAGGAGUAAGCGGUUUACAAAGUGGAUGGACGUUGGCUGUAUAUUUCAGAAUUUAAGAGCAGAAAUUAAAAUGCUUUCGAUCAUU